UGCAGAUAAUGCUGAGAAGCGGAUUGAUAUUGACGGGUAUCGCCAGCAGUGACUUCAUCAGCGUAUAACAUGAAGCUUUUGGGCAGCCUCGCAUUGUUAACCAUCUACCUUUGCUCGCAGGCAGAAAGUCUCAUCUCUACUGGUCGAGGACUACUACUUAUCGACAAAGCCAUCUGUUACGGCAAGGACAACACAAAUGGAGCUUGUAACCAGAGAGGAAGCUGUGUUGCACCAAACAAGUGUUCCUGUCACACUGGGUAUACUGGAUCACAAUGUGAAAAAUGUCUUGAUGCUAGGGGAGAUCCUGACUAUUCCAUCUGGUGGCAGGUUACGAGCCAUCCGGACUGCGCUUUGACGUGUUCGUGGAAGAACCAGUGGUGUUGGCCUGGGGACUGCCCUGAUAUAAGAUUGAGGACGUCCUGCAAAUGUCGGAACGGGUUCAUUAAGCAAGAUGCAGGAGCCAGCUACACAAAGUGUGAUCUUGCUGAGAAGCCCCAACUGCUAACGUGCCAUCUUGGGAUGACCGAUGAACAUCACAACGUGAGAAACUCCACACAUGGCUCUCACCCUGGAUGUGAAUAUGAAUCCGAUACAUAUGUCAACUUGAAUCCCACAUCUGUACACCUUAUUUUGAGCGCCAAGUUAGACAAUCUUGACAUCAGAAACCCCCCAAACUACAUCUACGAGCAAGGAUACGGAAUAAUAUAUUCAAAGGCGACCCUGUCGAAGGUUUCUAUUACAGGACUUGAAACUAGCUUAUCCACAGUUAUAUUGUCCGGCGGAAGUGACUGCUCAAAAGCGCUUGGGAACACUUCACCAUCUUCUUCCUUGACAUGUUCACGGACUAUAACAGUACCUACAGACAUGUAUGAUGGAGAAAGGUUGUGUGUACUGUUUUCGGCUACUGGAGGGGCAUUCUUUAGGUAUCAAGAUUUUGACAGACACCAUAUUGGAACCCAGGUUACGUCUCAACAAACGUCCACCAAACAUGUCUGUUUCCGGUAUGAUAUGGGUCAACCUGUCCACUGCUCCAAGCUGAGAACGGGACAUUGUUCAUCACAGCCACUGGAACUAACAACCCGCAUAACACGUUCAGGUUUGAUCCAUGUCAAAACCUCUGGUUGGACAGACCCAGUACCACACGGUGGAAAGGCUGAUGCAGUUUCUGGCUUGAAAUCCAUUAGAAUAAUGAUUCUCAGCACUGUAGAUAAUGGAAAUAUGAUUGAUGUUCUACAUGCGCCACUUAAAGGUCUGGAUCUAACGUAUAACACGUUUACUUUGGAUAAAUCUAUUCGCCUCCCAGACAAACCUGGCCUCUAUGCUGUCAUCUUGGAGGUUCACGACAAGGCUGGAAACAUCCAAUCAGUCAGACGUUUUGUGUUGUAUGACAAAUCAUCCAAACUGAUGGCAAUGCCAUCAAAACCCCUUCAGGUCGUGUCCGCAACACAGAAAUCUAACUAUCAAUGGCAGACAAACCUUGGAUCAGUGUGCAUUGACUGGAAAGGCCGUUACUACAAUAAUGAAAUGAGGGUCAAUAAUCCUUUGAGUCCAGUUCGUCCCCAGGUUGGAGUGGAAACCGACUAUGACCAAACUACUGGAGUCCUUAAUAUCUACGGGACUCCUAAUGUUGAUGGCAUCGUUGAGGCAAAGUAUUCUGUCUCUGUCAACCAGGGAGCUAAAUCACACUGGACACUGGUUCCUCACUUCACCCAUCAGUCUGUUUGUAUCACACCAAAACUGCUUGAUGGUCAGACGUAUGAUAUUUCUGUUGAGAUGAAAGACUUUCUUAACAACUCAAUGGAGGAAUCGGUACGUGUCCACAUUGACUCUACUGUUCCUGAUAUAUCCAACUUGUGGCUCGUUAAAGAUGGAAACAAGCAGGUGUACGUCCACGACAGCCUCGACCUUUCUACCAUGGUGCUCCACUUUGAUGUCAGUGACCCUCACAGUGGUAUCGAAUCCCUGGAGUGGUAUCUUGGCAUCAAAGACUCAACAGAAGACCUUGGCCAUGGUGUGUUGGCGGUAGAGAAGAUGAAUGGCCAGGCGUGUGCAUCAUACUUCGACUGCUACUGUCCUUCUGUUGGUGAAUGCCAGUUUCAUAACCACACUGUCAAGAUGGAUAGUCUGCUGCCCAACAAGAUCGAUCCUUCUCUAAACAACAAGGCCGUCUACUUCACAGUCACUGCAACGAAUGGAGCAAAGAUGAGCAGCUCCGACCACCUUGAUAUCCUUGUCGAGGCAUCUGCCCAUGUCUAAUGAUGAUGUUCUUAUUAAACUGAAACUGAAAACUAAUUAGCAUAUAUCCACUUACAGCUUACUGAUUACACAUUUACACUGAAUAAAGGUAAUACAAACCUUUAAAGUUUUCCUCCCUAUGUUGAAAUUUUUUAAACAUGUUUGUACAUGAACGAUGCGAUGAAAGGACAUGAUAUCUGUUCCUCGAUGCAGCUUGGUGUGGAAUUGGCAAUGGUCGAAUUAUAUUCCUGAAAAUGUAGAAUUCUGUUAUGAAACGUUUUAAAUAAAUGAAAUAUGACAACGUUA